AAAAACAAUAAACAUUAUAAACAGAACACUACAUAUACAGUAAAAACAAUAAUUAUAACUUAAGGGAACUAUUUCAUAUAAUUGGAAACAAACAAAAUGCUUCAACCCGAAUUAAAGCCGAUGCCUGUAAAACUGUAUAACUCAAUUAUUGAGGAUUUUAAUAAAAUGAAUGCAUUUAAUCGGAAAGCCGAAAACGAGCUUCGAAAGAAGUACAAAGAGCUGCCAUCACCUACAAUUGGUAGUAUUAUUUCACUUUUAGUCCAGAGAUCUAUGAAACAAAGCUAUAGGAAGUCGCCGGUUAUAUCUAGCAAAUAUUACGAGUUAUAUGAAGAACUGAUGCGUGACAAAAAUAAGUCUGAUGUGAUUUUAAAACUAUCUGAGAGCCAGGGUAUAUGUCCGGCACUGCUUGUGAGAUCUCUGUUACAAAAUGUAUACUCUGACUCAAUACAGGCCAAGAAAUACUUAAAGGACACAACUCUUAUUGAAAACAAGGAUCUGUCUUAUCAAAUGUUUCUGGGUGUUAUGAAUGACAAUCAAUACGGACAUUAUGCUGAUGUAAUAAAACAAUCUAUUGGUCUAGAAUACGAGUUACGGUUAGAAAGAAAUUUAAGGUUAAUGAAUAUAACAUUUUCUGAUGAGAACAAUCUUAGAUCUCGUGGGUAUGAUAAAACACCAGACUUCAAAUUGGAUGUCCCAAUUGCUGUAGAUGGAUUUAUAGUUAAUUGGAUAGAAAGCAAAGCAAUGUUUGGUGAUGAAGAAAAUCAUUCUGGUUAUGUUAAGGAUCAGUUAACAUGCUAUUGGAAUAGAUUUGGUCCAGGCUUGGUUAUUUAUUGGUUUGGCUAUCUGGAAACCUUGGAUUCAACCCCUGAAGUAAACAAUAUGUUUAUCCUACGAACACAUUUCCCACCUAAAGAUAGUAUUACUCAGUACAAAGCAGAAUUAUUAGAAAUGAAUUAACUGUGAUUUCUUUAAAAAAAAAAUGUGUAAAAAUUGUUUUACUUUUUGUGUAAAAGAUUUUUUUCAAUUAUAGAUGUUUCAUGAUGUAAAAAGUGUUUUUCAUAAAUAAAUUAAUAUAUUUCGCUGUGGUUGCGUGCCUUCUGGCCAUCUACAUUUUGUGAGACAUGGUAUAAACAUAAAAUUAUCUUC